GUAACCGGGCAAGCAAGAUUCUGCUCAGUCCCGUCCAGAAUAGCAGACGGUUCGCAUUGUCGUUCUCUCGUUGGUUGUAGAGCAGCAGACUGAUGAUCCCGCACAGCCGGCAAAACUGCGCGCGCGCGUAAAUCUGUGAACGUGUCCCUAACAGUCUCGGCGACGCUGCUUAUCGUGCGCAUAAAAAUAAUCAAAAACUUGUGCACUUAGUGCAGUCGUCAUGAAGAUCCUGUGUAACACAAAGCGUUUGUCGUCAGAAUCGUGGAAAACCGCAUAAACUGGUUUGCUGAGGUGCUCCUCCAGCUAUUUUAGUAGAGCGAAUUCGCAUAUUCGCAUUCUUCGCACAAAAAGUGGUUCAUCUUACAGCACACCCACGCGUGACAUUGAAGCGUAUGUAGCGGAUGGGUCUGGCGACCUUGUUCUAACGAAAAUAUUUACGAAAAUGCGAUCAGGAGGGUACCGUAGUGAGAUAGAUGUUCAGUUUGUUGUGUUGAUGUGAAUGCAAAUUUGGUCAAACGAAAAUCAGCUGGAUCAGCUGAGCUGUUAGUUCAUAGUGUUGUCGAAAGGGACUAUAUGCGGAAAGAUGCAAACGAAUCAUCGUUGUACCAGAUUCGUGGCUGUUGCUGUGGUGUUCUACGGACUGUUGGUUUUAUCUGAGCAGUUUCGGUUUUCGAACCAUGCUUCCGCGCAGAUGUAUGAAGGCGACAGUUGCGAAUCGAUGAACGACUUGCCUGGUACGUGCAUGGAGCCCCAGAAAUGUACCUGGGUUCAACAAAACGUGAUCCGAAAACGCCAAUACUCUAUAUAUGACGUUCCGAUAUGUGGUUUCACAGUGAGAGCCAGUCUGAUCUGUUGCCCAGACGAGAGCGAAAUUAGGAGGACCCUAGUCGGAAAGGCCGAUCAAGCGUGCCAAAACUUCGCACGUGGUAGCGCCUUUUUCGCGCCGCACAUCGUUGAAGGCAACGAAGCCGAGUUCGGAGAAAUACCGUUCAUCGUUGCUUUGGGCUACAACUCGACGGAUUCCGAUAAGGAGUAUGACUUCCGCUGCGGAGCCAGUUGGAUUGCGAAGAACUUCCUUCUGACGGCGGCCCAUUGCGUAUCCGGAAGAAAUCAACCAUCCAUAGCCAGAAUCGGAACGCUCAACCUGACGGAAUCCGAUGCUUCGAACUUUCAAGACUCGAAAAUCAAGGACUGCUAUCCGCAUCCUCGUUACAAACCCAAACUGAAAUAUCACGACAUUGCUCUCAUAGAGUUAGUUACUCCGUUCAAGUAUGAUGAUGAUGGUAUAGUUAACAAAAUUUGUCUCUACACGGAUCCGGGUGAUAUGGAUCCGCGUCACGUUCUGACAGCAUCCGGGUGGGGUAUGACAACCGAAGGCGACGAGUGUACCCUGAAGGAUGGCGGUCCUGGCAUCUGCCAGCAGAAUGUGCAGUGUCCUUGGUUUUUGAAAAAUAUAAUUGCGACAAAACGUUACGGAGAUCGAGUUACGUGCGGGUUUGUUGACCGAACGGAGAUAAUUUGCUGCAAGAUAGAUCAACCGGUCGAACCAGCGAUGAAACCUGGAGUACGCAGUAGCCAGGCUUGUCAGAACAUAAUGGAUGCCGCGGAGGCCGAACAUGGUACCGAAUCUCCUGUAGAAUUUCACGUCGUUGGCGGAGAAGAGGCCCCCGAAGGGGAGUUCCCGUUCAUGGCUGUCUUAGGUUACGCGGAUCCGGACACCACCGGGAGUUUUGUUUACCGAUGCGGUGCAAGCCUGAUUUCACCGAACUUUUUGCUGACAGCUGCCCACUGUGGUCACAAGUUUGGUACACCGCUAGUGGCAUUACUCGGUACGGCCAGUUUGAACUCCUCGAAUGGGGUUAUGGUUGGGAUCAAGACGUUUCUUCGUCAUCCUAACUACAAAAGUAGUCGCAAUUACAACGACAUUGCCCUAGUGGAACUGGAGAAAGAACUGAUAAACAAGCCGAACGUCAGUCCCAUUUGCAUCCGUAGUGAUACCGAGGACGUGGCCAGCGACGUGACGCUAUCUGCCCAGGGUUUCGGAGUCACUGAUAACGAUAAUGAAUUGUUUUCGACUCAGAUGAUGAAGGUCAAUCUUACCACAGUGAGCCUCAGCGAUUGCAAAGGAUUCUUCACGGACAUCACCAAACAACAUAAGUUACCGAGAGGGAUCAUCGAUACGCAGUAUUGCGCCAGAGGAAGUAAGAGCGUCAGCGCCACUGGGGUAGCGGGCGAUACCUGUCAAGGUGACUCAGGAGGUCCGCUUACAGCCAUGGUCUACGGGAAGUUCCAACUGGUGGGAGUUACCUCGUUUGGAGCCGGCUGCGGUUCGGGCACGCCCAGCGUGUACACUCGGGUGGCGCGGUACAUCGAAUGGAUCGAGCAGACCGUGUGGCCCGAUGGGGUUUAAGUGGGAAAGUGUUUGUUAGAAAGUCCCAUUGCAAUUACCUACUGGUUCGUACGUAAAAGA